AAUAAUCUUGAGCAUUAUACAACGUGAUUAACCCUAACGCUAGUACUGGUAAAAAAUGAGUAGUGGGCAUGGUAAGUAAGUUGGUAACCCAUUACUUUUCAAUUAGCCUUCUCAUAUCCCCCUAACCUUUUCUCCACUUUAGUGCCCAACCCUCUGAGGUGGGGCAAUAGAACAACACUAAUACUAUGCAUAUAUGCAUAGAAGCCUACUUUAGAAGACUAAACUGCCGCACCAAUAAUUAUACUAAUACAUCUUACUCUUCAUUCUAAACCAUUCAAUAUUAUAUUCAUCUCAAACUGACUCACAAUAUCAAAUACCAACGAAUGCUAUCGUAUGUGAGGGGGAAACUAGAAGAAUUACGAGGUUGCAAUAAAAAAUUUUUAGAUAUCGAUCAAACAAAAGUUAAUAUAUAGUUUGAAGUUUUCAUAAAUAUUUCAUAGCGAGGUUCAUAAUUAAUAAAACACAGAAAUUUCACAAUAAGAUUUUCUAAUACUAUACGAAUAACCAUGUGAUUUCAAUAAGACUAAAUUAGGAAUGGCAUGCCAUUACAUUAAGACAGAGUUCAUUAAUUAUAUGAACCAAUAAGACAUUCCAGUUGUGCUGGUGGAGAGACAAACGAGGUAGUGGUGGCAAGAGAUUUUUUCUUGCUUUUCCAUAAUAUAUACUCUAUUCAACCUUUUGAGCAUAGUUCACAUUCUUUAUAGGCUUCUAUCAGAAACGUGUCUAUAUGAGGGGGCUAUUUCUGAUAUAUACUAUAUACUGUCGGUCUACUCUGCUCCAUGCUUGGCAUUUUGCUCGAGUUGUUGAUCGAUCACUACAAAAAUAAUUGUCACCCUCCCCAUCCAUUGGAUUUGUCAGAUUGGUUAUGGUCAUUUUCGAUAAGUUUAAGUGUGUUUGUUACUUUACCGGCUAAUAAUUAACAAGUUUUUUGCUAUUUACUAUUCUUGAGUAUUUUUUAUUAUGAAUGAUUAUCUUCUUAAACAAAAUCAAGUUCAAAAUAGCGAGGAUUAAAAGAUCGUGUCGAAAAUUGUACUGGAAAAAUUAACGUUAUGACACUUUAUACUAAAGUUACUAAAGUUAUGGUUUAACAUUUCAUAAUACUAAACACCACCUACUGAUUAGUCUCCAGUAAUUACUUUCUAAAUUUCUUUCCUAAUAUUAUAAAUAGAUUAAAAGUUAGAUAUUAUAAAUCAAGAUAAGAUACGAUAAAAAAAAAGACUCACUUUUAAUGCAUUCAAAACAACUCUAUCCAACCUUUAGAAUUUGGUCCAAGAUUAUCUUUCUUUUCCAUUGAAAACUUAGUUCUUCUAUGAUCCAUAUUGAUUCAAAACAAUUUGAACUAACACAAUACAAAUCCUAAUUCCUACCAUUCCAUUUUAUAAAUCUUUCGAAAAAAACUCAAACUCAAAACAAAAUCAUAUCGUUAUGGAUUCCCAAGCCUCACGGUCUCAUUUGCGAAUUGCGAUUAAUCCAAAACCAAGAUAAUAGCCGUCGUUAUAACCGUAAGAAACCCACAUGCCUCCUUCCUCAACCCAUCAUUUUCAUUCUUCCCCCAACACAACACAACACAACAAUGAACUCCCCAAUGUCUCCCCUUCUCCUCUACCUCUCCCUCCUAUUCUCCCUCAUCACCACCAUAAUCUCCUUCCAUCACCGCCGCCGCCACGUCAUCAGCGGGCCACCAACAUACCCUCUCAUCGGCUGCCUCAUCUCCUUCUACAAGAACCGCCGCCGCCUCCUCGACUGGUACACAACCCUCCUCUCCCAAUCCCCGACCAACACCAUCAUCAUCACCCGCCUCGGCGCCCGCCGCACCAUCGUCACCGCCAACCCUUCCAACGUCGAGUACAUCCUCAAAACCAACUUCCCAAACUACCCCAAGGGGAAACCCUUCACCGACAUCCUCGGCGACUUCUUGGGGUACGGCAUUUUCAACGUCGACGGAGACGCGUGGCGAGCACAGAGAAAACUAGUGAGCCACGAGUUCACGGCGAGGUCGCUAAAGGAGUUCUUCAUCACUACUCUAGAGGAAGAGGUGGAGAAAGAGUUAAUACCCAUGAUGGAGAGAUUAGCAGAGAACGAGAAAGCUGUUGACUUGCAGGAGUUGCUGAGGAGGUUGACUUUUAACAUGGUGUGUAGGGUUUCCCUAGGAGUGGAGCGGUGUUGCUUGGAUCCUAAGGAACCGGAGCAGCCGCUGAGCAAGGCUUUUGAUGCUGCGUCGACGAUCUGCGCCAGGAGAGGGGCGGCUCCGCUGGGUGUGGUGUGGAAGGUGAAGAGGUUGCUCGGCGUUGGGUCGGAGAAGGAGCUGAAAGAAGCCGUCGGGGAAGUUCACAAGGCGGUGAGUGAAAUGAUUGCUAGUAAGAAAGAGGUCAUGGGGAACAAUAACGGUGACGAUAAAGAUCUUCUGUCGAGGUUGAUUGCGGCCGGGUACGAGGAGGUGGAGAUUAGAGAUAUCGUGAUCAGCUUGAUCAUGGCGGGCAGGGACACGACGUCGGCGGCGAUGACGUGGUUGUUCUGGCUGCUGUCAAGUCACCGGGGAAUGGAGUCGGCGGUGGUGGAAGAGGCUACGAGGGCGGUGACAAGGAUGGAGGGGUUGGAAGAUAUGAAGCUGUUGAAGGCUUGUUUGUGCGAGUCAAUGAGGCUGUACCCGCCGGUGGUCUGGGACUCUAAACACGCCGUCGUGGACGAUUUGCUGCCGGAUAAUACUCCGGUGAGGGCCGGGGAUCGGGUGACGUACUUUCCGUACGGUAUGGGGAGGAUGGAAGGGAUAUGGGGGAAGGACUGGUUCGAGUUUAGGCCGGAGAGGUGGUUUGUUGAUAAUGAAGAGAAGAGUUGUGAACUCAAAAGGGUGUGUCCGUACAAGUACCCAAUAUUUCAGGCGGGGCCAAGGGUGUGUUUGGGGAAAGAGAUGGCGUUCGUGCAGAUGACGUAUGUGGUGGCAUCGAUUCUGCGGCGGUUUGAGAUCCGGCCGGUGAGUCAAAAGAGGCCGGUGUACGUGCCGCUUUUGACGGCUCACAUGGCCGGCGGCUUAAAUGUUGUGGUCAAAAGGAGGUGUCAAAGUAAAACUGAGACAAGGUGAGGGUAGUGGAGGGGGGAGAUCAUGAAUUUUUUUGAAAGUCAAUGGUAACGAUAUUUUAUGAGUGGAUAAUUGUAAAGUAACAUGGAAUUAUUCAUCCAUCAUUCAUUACCUCUCCAAAGACCAAACCAUAAGUGUGGUUUUAGAAAAUCAAUGAAUAUGAUGAUUGCAUAUUAGUGGAGGAAUGACCAUGUCACUACACUCAUAGGGUUGGGAUAUUGAUUUUGUUUUUUCGGUUUAAACCCAAAAUUAAAUUGAUAAGGUGGGGUUUCUAUCCCAAUUCAAUUUUGUACUUUAUUGAUUUCGAAUUAAAUCGAAAACCAUAUAAGAAACCAAAACAGAAAAUAUUAGGUGAUAGGUGCAGAGGGUAUCAGUUUUGAUUGAGGGUGCAUGGAUUUCGGUUUUCGAUUUGUUCUAACUGAAACCGAACUUGUUAAGAGACCAUAGGGUUCAAUUUUGAUUUUGGGGAAACAACCUAGUUUGAUUUUUCGGUUUCUUAAAGGUUUUCGUUUGGUCAACCAAACCAAACUGACCCCCUACUAAGCUCACUUCAUAUUAAAAAUCAAGUCGAAUAUAAUUCGUGGUUAAAUCGAAUCGAAAAAAUCAGAGGAUAAAUGAAUUCAAUUUUG